UCCAGUACGCUUUCCCAAAUGAGGAAGUCUGCUCUCGGGAGGUUAUGGACAGUCCCGCAGGACAUAUACUUGUAGUCAAGUUUAAAGUGUUUUGCUCGCACGACGUCGCACUUGACUGCUGGGAUUAAAAGAGAAGCAACUCCCUGUUUUUGUGAGGAUGUUUGUCAUCCCUGUCAUUGUGGUUGUUGUUGUAGGAAACAUCGCCACUUCAGUAGCUCUCUCUGGAGUGAAUCUCGAUUGCACCAACGACUAUGAGUAUCUGAUGUCUUGUCACUUUGAUGCUCCAAACUGCACUGACUACAAUGUGACUUUGUGGAGCCUUGAUGGUUAUGGUGAGCGCUACUGUCUUCCCGUGCAGUGUGUGAGUGGAAAAUGCUGCUGCUCCAUCCGUAUGAUUUUCAUAUUGGACAACAAUCACAUGGCAUUCGUUCGGAGAGGUGGCGAAUAUGUUGAGUCCAAAAACAUAAGUGUGAAACACAGCUUCAAACCCCAAACCCCAACCGUCUUCUCGGUGAAUGAGACCAACGGGAAUUUUCAAGUCAUUUGGAGGACAAACAUCCGCAAACCCUUGAUAAGAGAAAUAAUAAUCACAAAUCUGACUUACCGCAACAAAGGAGAUACAAAGGAGGUGACCGAAGUAGUCAAAGCACCACAAGUGGAGACGCCACUGUGUUCCCCGUGUGUUUCCACUGAAAUACUUGGUGCGCACUUGGAGCCAAGUACAACCUAUGUCGUCACAGUGCAAAGCUUCUUGCCUUGGAAGAGCCCACCGAGUGACCGCAGCAAGGAGUACGAAUUUACAACUCCAGCGUCCCGUGAGAGCCUCUUACUGACCCUCAUAAUUAGCCUCAGUCUCCUCGCCAUCACAAUCAGCAGCGUGGCAUACGUCAGCUAUGUGAAGUGUAGAACCAAGUAUUGGGACUCAGUCAGCGACUAUCAAAAUUCCAAACUUCUUGACAUAAAUCCGAGUGAAGUAGAGGUUUUGAAGCCUAUGCCGCUCAUCAUCUCAUCGAUCUAUGUUGAGACCCUCACCCCAGAUGACCAGAAACCAUGGUCAAAAGAUUCCCUAAUUAACAGCAGUACUGAGAGUCUCCUUCAAAGUAGUGGAACCAGUAGCGGCCCACCUUCUCUCAGUUACGCUUGUACAGAAGCUGCAGACAUCAUUGCAGGCGUCCAAGGGGCACUCAGCAAAGCCUUAAUGAACAUCAUCCCGGUAUCAGCUUCAACAGACCAUCUGCUAAAAGACUCCAACAAACCCACCAGUGCCUUGUUCACUCAUCCCAGUCCCUGCAAUAGCGAGCAACAUUCGGAAUUGGAAAAUACAGUUACAUACUCCUUUAUCAGGCCUAGCUGUCCAGUACAGGUAAUAGCUGACCCUUUAAAGAGUCAUGCCCAGCCUGAAAUGCCAUGCGACUACAGUUACCAAGAAACAGGUGGCGUGUCAACUUGCGACAAGCGAGGAUCAGCUUGUGAAGAAAACAUGUUCCCAACCUUGGUCUCUUCCGACACACUGACUGCCACGUCUCACCAGCGGUGCAGCAGAGAUUCUGGGAGGUUUUCAAAUGGUGAAAACUCAGAUGCGUCACUCAGCUGCAGCAACACAAGCCUGUCUGGAGAUGUUGAAUCCAGAGUGGCAGCAGAAUACGAGCAUUGUCAAGAGAUGUUUAGUGGGGCUUGUGACAAAGGGGAGGAUGCCACCAAGGAGAGUGAAGGUCACAUCUGCAUCCCUGCAAGCUUACAAGGCACCUUUCCAGUGGAUGAUAACUACCAACCCUUCCAGGGUUUAAGAGAACUCUCUGAUAAUCAAUUUGACGAGCAGAAAAGUGACAAAAAAGCCCCGCACAAGGUUUUAGAAAAUUCCUUAGAAGAUGCCACUAAAGGCAAUAACUACAUACCUGCAAGCUCAAACCACAGUUUUCCAAUUGAUGACAGCUACCAAGCAUUUCAGGGUUUCAGGGACCUCUCUGAAUGUCAGUUUGAAGAGCAGAAAAGUGUUAAGAAACUAGACCUGGACAAUGUUUUAGACAUUUCCUCAGAAGAUGCCACUAACGGCGAUAACUACGUACCUGCAAACUCAAACCGCAGUCUUCUGAUGGCUGACAGCUACGAAGUUUUACAGGGUUUAAAGGAACUCUCAGAUGAGAAGUUUGGAGUGCUGAAAAGUGUUAAAAAACGAGACCUGGACAAUGUUUUCGAAAAAUCCUUGGAAGAUUUCACUGAAGGUAAAAGCUCAAACUACAGUUGUCUGGUUGAUGACAACUACGAAGCAUUUAAAGGUUUAGGGGAGCUCUCUGAUUGUCAACUGGAAGAGCAGAAAAGUGGUAAAAAAGUAUCAGACAAGGUUUUAGAAAAUUCCUUAGAAAAUACCACUCAAGGUGAUAGCUGCGUACCUGCAAACUCAAACCGCAGUCUUCUGAUGGCUGACAGCUACGAAGUUUUACAGGGUUUAAAGGAACUCUCAGAUGAGAAGUUUGGAGUGCUGAAAAGUGUUAAAAAACGAGACCUGGACAAUGUUUUCGAAAAAUCCUUGGAAGAUUUCACUGAAGGUAAAAGCUCAAACUACAGUUGUCUGGUUGAUAACAACUACAAAGCAGUUCAAGGUUUAAGGGAGCUCUCUGAUAAUCAGUUUGGAGAGCAGAACAGUGGCAACAAAGAAGACUUAGAGAAGGUUUUAGAAAAUCACUUUGAAGAUGCCACUAAAGGUGAUAACUGUGUACGUGCAAGCUCAGACCGCUGUCUUAGGGUGGCUGACAGCAAAGAAGCGUUUCAGGGUUUAAGGGAGCUCUCUGAUAGUCAAUUUGGACAGCAGAACAGUGGCAAGAACGAAGACUUGGAGAAGACUUUCGAAAAUUCCUUUGAAGUUGCUUGUAAAGGUUAUACCAGCAUCCCUGCAAGCUCAAACCCCAGUGUUCCUGUAGAUGAUAACUACCAAGCCUUUCAAGGUUUAAGGAAGCACUUUGAUAAUCAGGUUGGAGAGCCAAAAAGUGGUGAAAAAGAGAACCUGGGCAAGGACGUAGAAAACCCAUUCGACGAUGCCGCUAAAGCUGAUAAUUACACCUGCGUCCUUGUAAACGUACUAAACAGUCUUCCAGUCGAUGACAACGACCAAAUGUUUCCGUGUUUGAAGAAGCAGAUGAACAUUAAGUUUGCAAACCACAGAAGUGGUGUGAAAGAAGAAUUGGAAAAUGUUUGAGAGAAAUCCUUUGACGAUGCAACUAAAAGCUAUCCCUGCUUGCCUUCAAGCUUAAACCACUGUCUUCCGGUUAAUGUUAGCUACUAAAGGUUUUAGGAUAUUCAGAAGCAGUCUGAUCAUCAGGUUGGAGUGCUAAAAACUGGUGAAAAUAAGGACCAGGUACGUUUUUAGAGACUGCAUUAAAAGAUGCCAGUCUAGGUGAUGCAGGCUGCACCUGCGUUCCUAUAAGCUUACAAGAUAUUCUCCAGGUGGAUGACAACUACCAAGUGUUUUGGGAUUUAAGGAAACAGCCUGAUAUAAUUGCUUGCAGGCCAGAGAAGUGACCUGACCGAAGAAGACUGAAAAGCUGUCGGAAAAUUCCUGAGGAGACACCGCUAAAGACGAAAACUGCGCACCUGAAAUCAUACAAGACAGUCUUCCUGUGGAGGACCACUACAAAGAUUUUCAUUCUAUAUCGAAGCAGUCUGAUAUCAAGUUUGCAGAAGAGACAUGUCAAGAAAAAAAAAGACUUGGAGAAGGCUUUUGAAACUUCAUUACCAAUAACCCCUCAGGCCCAGUAGCGCCGGUGUCGACCGAACAUGUUCAUUGUUGUCGAGUGUCGUGUAGUCCCUGAGGCCCAAAUACCUUUUUUUCCAAUGGACUCUACUCGCCUUCCAAAUCAAAUUAUUACUGAGAGUUGCUACAAAAUUAUAUAGCUUGGAACUAAUGCAUUUAGUAUCUCAUCUGAAAAGCUCUUGUGCAUUUCUAGCUUUGUACAGUAUGUUUGCAUUCACAACUACCUGAACCGCUUUUGAUAAAAGUUCGUUGACUGCUGUAUUAUCACACAUGAAAACAUUUAGAGGAUCUGGAACGUGAUGUUUGUCAACAGGUUUACUUUACAGUCCUUCUUAUUCAGUCAUGAAUGUCCUAGUAUCGAUUGAAAGGCACUAUAUAAGUUAUUAUUAUUAGAAACAUGGCAUUGAAAUGUUGUGACGCGUGACUCAGUAGAGUGCAGAGCUCGUUACCAAGAAUAUAUAAACAAUCCUGGUUCUGCACUAAAAUGAGAUGGGUUCUUCCUUCACCCAUGAGCCACGUGUCCUUGUGGAACUCAGUUGAGUACUUUCUGCAUAAAUCUGUUCACUAAUUGUCAAUGAAACGAUAACCACUUAAAAGAUUAGACAGUUUUCUUGUCAUGAUCAGUUGUUGUCCAUUGCUCUCGCUGUGUUGUUUGGUUAUGGACUAGUCCCGAUCAACAUGUCAUUAAAAAUAUUUAUUUGCUAAUAAUGAUGUUGAUAUUUUUUGUACAGUACAAAAUUGCCAAUAAAGCACACGUGACAAUUGGGAGAA